AUGCCGAGCUCAACCAUACGGAGACAGAUGAAAAAUGUGGUGAACAACUACUCCGACGCAGAGAAGAAGGUCCGAGAGGCGACCUCCAAUGACCCCUGGGGCCCCUCCAGCUCGCUGAUGUCGGAGAUCGCUGAUCUCACCUACAACGUGGUGGCCUUCUCAGAGAUCAUGAGCAUGAUCUGGAAGAGGCUCAACGACCAUGGGAAGAACUGGAGACACGUGUACAAGGCCCUGACGCUGCUGGACUACCUGAUCAAGACCGGCUCGGAGCGAGUGGCCCUGCAGUGCAAGGAGAACAUCUUCGCCAUCCAGACCCUCAAAGACUUCCAGUACAUCGACCGCGACGGGAAAGACCAGGGCAUCAACGUGAGGGAGAAGUCCAAGCAGCUGGUGGUGCUGCUGAAGGACGACGACCGACUCAAGGGGGAGAGAUCCCAGGCCCUCAAAACCAAGGAGCGCAUGGCACAGGUCGCCACCGGCGUCGGGAGCAACCACCAGCUUAACUUCGGCCGCGGCUCCAGUCAGCCCAACUUGUCUACCAGUUACUCAGAGGAGUACGGCAGGUCGGAGGGCUCACCAGCGUCAUAUCACGGAUCCACAUCCCCCAAUGCCUCGUCAGAGCUGGAGCAGGCCAGACCACAGACCAGCGGAGAAGAGGAGCUGCAGCUGCAACUGGCGCUGGCCAUGAGCCGAGAGGCAGCGGAGCAGGAGGAAAGGAUGCGCCGUGGUGAUGACUUGCGGCUCCAGAUGGCCUUGGAAGAAAGCCGCAAAGACUCAGGCACGGGGAAGUCGGCCAAAAAGAAGAAAGAGCUUCCCCAGUCCUCUCUGAUGGAUCUGAUGGACACCGUUCCGGAGGGAACCGAUCAGGUCGACGACCCUUGGGGCGGAGGGGCGGCGGCCGCGGCACCGCCCUCAGACCCGUGGCAGGCCUACGGUGCAGCUCCAAAGCCUGCUGCCCCUGUGGAUCCCUGGGGGCUGCCCAGUGCUUCUGCCUCAGUCACUCCCAUGAAAAGCAGCGACCCGUGGGGAGCACCUGCUCCUGUAGCCGCUGACCCCUGGGACUCCGGACCCUCCACACGCCCCAAAACCUCCACCACAGGAGGUUUUGAUCUCUUCACCGCAUCAAAUGGUACUUCCAAGGAGGAUCUUUCGGAGUUUGACAGUCUUCGUGCAUCAAUAAUGACAGGUGAUAGCAAAAAAAGCUCAGCCUUACCUUCGCAGACUAGUAUGUCUGCCGGCUCUGACCUGUUUGACAUGCCAGGUGGUGUCCCAACCAGAAAAACCCCGGAGUCCUUCCUGGGCCCCAACGCAGCUCUGGUCAACCUUGACUCUCUGGUCACAAAGCCCCCUGCUCCAGCACCAGUCUCCAACCCCUUCCUUGCUAGUGGAGCCGCUCCUGCCCCGGCAGCUCAGGUCAACCCCUUCCAGGUGAACCAGCCUCAGCCGCCCACCCUCAACCAGAUGAGAGUCAGCCCCAUGAUGGGCAUGAGUGGACAGGGCUUCGCCAGCAUGCCCCAGAGGAAUGCUGACCCCAUGCCCCUGUCCUCCAUGGCACCCAUGGCCCCCAUGGCUGGCGUGACCCCCGUCGCGCCCAUGGGUCAGAUGGUGCCGGGCAUGGGUCUGCCAUCUUCCAUGUCUAUGCCCCAGCCCCUCAUGAGUGGAGGGCUACAGCCCACAGGGGCCGCUGCACAGGGGGGCAGCACCACCAACCCCUUCCUGUUGUGAGGAACAUCAAAGACUAGAU